AUGACGAACGCUCCGCGCAAGUCAAUUGAUAGUUUAGCAUCUGGUGCCUCCACGCCAUCUAUAUCCCAUUAUUCCAUGACACAAGUGGAAUCUCCCCGGGUUCCCCCGCAUCGACCCCCCGUAAGGAGGGGAUCGACGGCCAGCUCCAUUGUAAGCAUUGGAGGGAUAUUGGACACAUCGCAACACCAAGGAUCUAUUGCAGAAUCGGGACAUAAUGCGAUCUCGACUCUUUUACAACCACCAAUCGUGCGAACAGGCUUAACGCCCCAUUCCGCUGCAACGGCCACCGGAUACAAGCCCCCAUCAUCUCGUGACAUUGCGCCAGUGACCCUGACGAAUAUCAUACAUGUGGACGCCAAAGUGUUUCAGCCGUACCUGUCGCAGGUUGGCUCGUUAUAUGAUGUAUUUCAACAAUCAAAAGAAAGCAUGGGGGAAGAAGGCCACGCAUCGCCAAAGGUCAAGUCGCCCAAACCUGAGGACAUGGAGUCUUUGAUGCCAUGGAGUCCAGAAAGGAGACCUUCAGCUGUAUCUUCCACCUCUCGACCAACCUCCCCAUACGAUCCGCGAGGCCGACGAUCUUCGGGUGGUCGUGGCCGCGGGCCUGCAGUAACUCCAUUGUCAACGAUCCCACCUGUUUAUUUUGAUGGGGAUUUCCGCCUUGAGAAUCCACGCACCUUUGAUGUGAUAUCGGAGAAGUCAGAGGUUGUGAGGCCACCCAGGCCUCCGAUAAAAGAUGACAAACACUCGAAUGGAGGCCUAGUAGAGCCUGCUCAUACGGGGAGGAAAGCGCUUGCCACGAAUGCCAUCCUCCAAGAAAAGCUCUCUUGGUAUAUGGAUACGGUUGAAAUUCACCUUAUUUCAUCGAUUUCUACUGCCUCCAAGUCUUUUUUUACAGCCUUGGGAUCUUUACGGGAGCUUCAUGCAGAGGCGGCAGACUCAGUGAGCCGAAUUCAAGUUCUGCGACGAGACUUGCAGAAAAUCGAUAAGGAGAUGGCGUUGGGCGGCUUGAAAAUUGUCAAUCUUCGACGACGAAGAGAAAAUGUGAGAAUGUUAGCUGCCGCUGUGGCACAACUACGCGAUGUAGUUGAAUCAGUCUCUCGCUGUGAAGAAUUGGUUGAACAAGGUGACAUUGAAGUUGCCUCUGACGAAUUGGAGGAAGUUGAGAGAUUAAUGGCAGGCGAAAAGAUAUCUGAUCGUCCCCCUGCAGAUGAGGAGCAUGAUCUUCCACGACGUGCGGUUGAUCUUAGGCGCCUGACGGCCCUCGAGGGGGCAUCUGAGGAUCUUUCCCACUUAAGACAGCGCAUUGGUGCGGGCUAUGAAACUCGUUUCUUGAAUGAUCUUCUUGGAGAUCUGCGUGAUCAUGUUCAAAAUGUCUCCUCGGAUAUUACCUUACAGCGAUGGGGCUCUUCUUUCCUACGGCAGCGUGGUGGUAACCGACCUGUAUCAAUGGUAUCACCAGCCUAUAUGAACUUUGAUAAUGAAUUACGGUCCAAAUUGCGUGUUCAACUCACUGGACUUGCUAGAGCGUAUUUCACUACGCCUGCAGCUACUUCCUUCAAAGGGGCUGUGUUGCGGGAAAUGAAAGGUCUUAUCAGGAAACAUUUGCCUAGUUCUAGCGACGAUGACAAUGAGUCUAUGGUUUCUGUUUCAACUGUCGGUGACCGCCAAAGGUCCCAACAAGAGAAGUCUUCCAUUCUGGCUCGAAAUCUCCGAGCACUUGAUUCCGAGGAUGCCUAUCAGAUGCUUUUAGUUGUCUAUACCGGAAUCAGUGAAUGUCUUCGCCGACUGAGCACUCAAGUCAAAAUUCUUCUAGAUAUUGCUAGUGGCCUUGAAAAUCCUCAGGCCAUGGCCGCCAAGUCCCCACGCAGCCCUAAUCCUCAAACUUUUGAACAGCCAUUGAAGCUGCCAAAUGGACGAUUGGUAACAUCUGCUCAGAUGGCACAGGAUGAAAUUCUUCAGGUGUUGGACAUGUCAAGCCUUCUUGGACAAGCGGUUGAUAUUGCUCAAUCUCAAAUUACUAAGGUCUUGAAGGUCCGAUCAGAACAAACAGCACAACUUCCCAAGGAAGAAUUCCUGAAAUAUUUCACUCUCAACCGCCUUUUUGCCGACGAGUGUGAAGCCAUCUCGGGUCGAGGCGGCACUGCACUCAAAACAGUGGUUGGCAACCAGAUCCGUGAUUUCAUUACACGCUUUGGCGAAGCUCAGCGACAUCGCAUAGUUAACGUCAUGGAUGCUGAUCGCUGGGAUGCCCGCGACUUUGGAGAACCUGAAAAUAUGAUUCUCACCCGUAUUUUGGACGCAAGCACCAAGGACGUUGAAGCAUGGACGGAAGCAUCCAAGAUCUGGGUUCCUGCUAGUGAGGCGGAGAAGGCGGAACCUUCGCCACCCACCUCAGCGACCUAUGGAUCAGGUAAAGAGAAGGUUCGAAGUGCUGUUGUUGACGAGCAGAAGUACAUCCUGCCUGAUUCAGCGCUCGCCAUAAUGCGUACUAUUGAAGAGUUCCAGUUCCUCAUGGCGAAUAUUCCCAACAUGAUCCAAGACAUCGCUCCUCAACUUCUUGAGAUCUUGAAGCUCUUCAAUUCGCGGUCUUCGCAACUCAUCCUCGGCGCUGGCGCCACGCGAAGUGCGGGGUUGAAGAAUAUUACAACAAAACAUCUUGCUCUCUCGUCCCAAGCUUUGAGUUUCGUCGUCGCACUGGUUCCGUAUGUACGGGAAUUCGUUCGUCGCCACGGACAAGGUAACCAGGUCAUGGCCGAGUUCGACAAAGUCAAGCGCCUGUGCCAAGAGCAUCAGAAUGGCAUUCAUGAAAAGCUGAUGGAUAUCAUGACCUCACGUUCAAACGUUCAUGUGAACGCCAUGAAGAAGAUUGAUUGGGAUGCUGAACCCGAAACUAGUGCGGUCCAUCCCUACAUGGAAACCCUCGCCAAGGAGACAGGUACUCUGCAUCGUGUUCUGAGCAAACACCUGCCCGAAAUGACCGUCGACAUGAUCAUGGGCCCUGUCUUCAACAGUUAUCGCGACCAGUGGGUCAAGGCCUUCGGUGAAGCGCAAGUCCAAUCAGAGACUGGAAAGAAGAGUAUGACUAAUGAUAUUGAACAUUUCCGAGCCAAGCUCAGCAAGAUUUACGGUGCCGCUGCUCUUGGCGAUAAACUGCUCGAGCUCGUACAAGCGAAGACAGUCUCCACAGCACUUUUCGAUGCAGAUUCGCCUGAUCUCGUGAACGGUGAAGAUGAAGAGAAGGAAGAGGAAGAGAAAGGAUCUGACUCUGCGCAAUCCUGA